CCAAUUCCCCAACCCCAACCCCAUUUUUAGCAAAUAGUCAAAUUAAUCUUUUUGCACUUCCUCCUCCGCCCUCACUGGUUCCGCCACCGCUCCUACUCCGAUUGCAUCGAUUGAUUGUUGGCAUUGUUAACCAUGUCUGACGAAGAGCCUGUAGAUCCAAAGAGGGAACUUGAAGACCGAUGCAAGGCACCAUGCACGAGGCCACUUAAAGAAUAUCAGGCAUGUGCAAAGAGAAUUAAAGAUGAUGAAUCUGGGCACAAGCAUUGCACUGGACAAUACUUUGAUUACUGGCGCUGUGUUGACAAAUGCGUUGCUACUAAGCUAUUUGCUCAUCUUAAAUAACAAAGACGAGAACUCCAUUGAUAUACCGGAGCCCAAUUAUUUUAUUUUCGUUGUAUUUUUUUUGGGGCAAACUCUUAAGUUAUGUGAAAUUUUGAGAUAUGGUUCCUCGUUGAAUCAAUAAAUGAAUUGUGGAAUUGAAUUCUAUGUGCUUUAAGCAUGUUGAUUGUUUUACUUAAAAUUGUUAACUGGUUGUUAU